CCAUGAUUGUUGGUGUUGUGCAGCAUGGUUGGAUUUGAGUUCUGGUGGGAGACAGAGGAUUGGCCUUGGUUUCUUCUGCAGGCGAUCAAGACGAUCCUUUCCCUGGGUGGCAUUCCUACAGUAUGUACGUUUACUUUUCGACGACGCCAUGCAUGUCUCAUGUUUGUGUCUAUAGUAUAUUACCGGUGCAGUUUAGAACCUCUGCCUAGCGUUUGCGCAGAAAUAAACAUGAUUCCGUCAGACCCCAAUUUUCUGAUGUGAGCAAGGUAGCA